ACACCAAAAGCCUUGAAGGAAUGACUUUAUCUUUCAACAAUGAACUUGUCAGGGAGACAUUAGAGAAAUUUCCUCUCGAGCUUGAUUGGUCUCUUGGUUUAAUUGAUGAUAAAUUACCAUUGUCGUGGCUAAACUGCAAUAAUGCUAAAGAAGAAAAGGGAUAUGCAUGUGGAUCAAAUACCGAGUGUAUUGAUUCUGAUUAUAAAGGAUACAAUUGCAAAUGCAUCAAAGGCUUUCAGGGUAAUCCUUAUCUUCAACCUGGUUGUCAUGAUAUUGAUGAAUGUGGUAGUGGUUCCGAUUCUCCAUGUUCAAUGGUUUGUGUUAACACGGUUGGGAGUUACAAUUGCUCUUGUCCUACCGGUUAUUAUGGUAACGGAUUCAAAUCGGGAACUGGUUGUAUUAAGAUCAACAUACCUGACGAAAAAUCCUCCUCCUCCCUUUUUAAAAUCAGUCUCGGAAUCAGAUUGGGAGUAUCCUUGGGAACCAUACUUAUGCUCUUUGUAGGUCAGUGGUUAUAUGUAGUAAUUCGCAGAAAAAUGGUUAAGAAGCAAAGAGAUAUAAACUUCAAGCGCAAUGGUGGCCCCUUAUUACAACAACAUAUAUGUUUAGAUGAAAGCAUUGUUGCAAAAAUUAAAAUCUUUACACCUGAAGAAUUAGACAUUGCCACUGACCACUUUAAUGAUGAUAGAAUAAUUGGUCGAGGAGGUCAAGGUACGGUUUAUAAAGGAAUGUUGAGUGGAGGAAGAAUUGUCGCUAUAAAGAAGUGUAAAGUUGUUGAUGAGAGUCAGGUUCAGGAUUUCGUAAACGAAGUAGUUAUCUUGUCACAAAUGAAUCAUAGGAAUAUAGUGAAGGUACUCGGAUGUUGCCAAGAGUCUGAUAUGCCCUUAAUAGUUUACGAAUUUAUUUCGAAUGGAACUCUUUCCCAUCGUAUUCAUAACCCAAGUGAAGAAUUUCCAAUCACUUGGAGAAUGCGCCUGCAAAUUGCUUCUGAUUCAACUGCGGCACUUUCGUACUUGCAUUCAUCAUCUUCUAUUCCUAUCCUUCAUCGAGAUAUUAAAUCCUCCAACAUACUUUUGGAUGAAAAGUAUAGGGCAAAGUUGUCGGAUUUUGGGACUUCGAAAUCAAUUGCUUUAGAUCAAACCCAUGUAACCACACGUGUCAUUGGAACGUUUGGAUAUUUAGAUCCUGAAUAUUUUCAGUCAAGUCAAUUCACUGAUAAAAGUGAUGUUUAUAGUUUUGGAGUAGUUUUGAUUGAGCUUUUAACAGGACAAAAGGCAAUACGCGUCACUUCAGAAGAAGAUAAAAGUUUGAUUUCGUGGUUUUUGUCUUAUAUGUUAAAUUCUCGGUUAAUGGAAAUUAUAGAUCCUCGAAUCUUGCAAGAGGGUUCGAAAGAGGAGUUUAACAUAAUUGGUGAUCUUGCACGACGAUGUUUAGACUUGGAUGGAAGAAGAAGACCCACCAUGAAAGAUAUUCUACUUGAGAUAGAGGCAGUGUCGUCACGUUAUCUACGUUUGACGAUUCAGCCAAACUGGACGGAAACUGAGCAUGAGGUUAUUAUUCAAGGUUCUACCACAUAUGAUUUGGACACUGGCUCUUCCAAGGUCAAAUGA